CCUCCAUAGUGACAGUACCUACCCACCGAGGCUGAGCGGCAGAGCUGGGACACCUGCGGCGGACACGGAUUAUCAUUAUUAUUAUUUGAAAACAUUCAUCUCAGUUUUUUGUUUACAGCUUUAAAAUCCGUGGAAAUGUUCAACAGUAACAUCAGGGAGUUUGAUGAGGAUCCGUUCUUCUCGGAUCCAUUCCAUGCCCACAGGGAUCAUAUGCGGCACAUGAUGCGUAGCUUCUCUGAGCCGUUCGGCUGGCCCAUGUUGCCGAGUUUAAUGGAUGGGAGAAACCAUGGUCGCGCCAUGGCAGAACAGCCCAGCUCAUCCCAGGCACUGAGGAGCCAACACAGGGAUAUGAGCCGAUCAUUGUUGCCCUUUGGCAGUAUGGACAACACGGACCUGAUGAGGAACCCCUUCGGCAUGUUUGACAACAUGAUGUCCAACAUGAGGAACAGGGUGGACGAUAUGCACAGAAACACUGAGAACACAGCUUCAAACACCCACUCAUUCAGCUCCUCAUCAGUCAUGACAUAUUCAAAGGUGGGAAAUGGGCCUCCUAAGGUCUUCCAGGCAACCUCAUCGACACGCUGUGCCCCAGGAGGGAUUAAGGAGACCCGGCGAGCAGUCAAAGACUCGGAGAGUGGUCUGGAGAAGAUGUCCAUUGGUCACCACAUCCAGGACAGGGGACACGUAGUUGAGAAGAAAUUCAACAAGAAAACAGGAGAGAAGGAGUUCAACCAGGACUUCCAGAAUUUGGAUGAAUCUGAAGCACAAACUUUUGACGAAGAGUUUCAGCAGGAGUUGUCCAAGUUUCAACCAUCUGGCCCCAUGUCUCACCUGGGGGAGCCGCAACUACGUGGUGUUCAGCGGGCAGCCCUCACCGGUCCUCAGCAGGCCACCAGAGAACAACCAAAGGCCACGGCUGUGGGUAAAAGCAACAUGAAUUGCUCGACAAAGCAGUAAAAACAUUGUUCUGUCUGUAUGCUUAUUAAAGUCCUUCAAGCAUUACACAUUACACUCUGGUGCUCUGUACUCAUAUAUACACCCCAGUCUCAUCAACAUGAAAGACAGAAUCAGAAGGCACUGACCCGCAAUUUGAAAUAUUUAAGAGCUUUUAUCUGUGAUUUUACAUAUUUUGGCCCAAUUGCAUACAUUUUAUAUUACUGCUGCCCAUUUUUACCAACUUGCAGAGAACUGAAACCUGCUGGAGAUGGCUGUUCCAUUACAGUGGACAUUUGAUCUGCUCUUUUGGGGUCAGCUUGCUUCUGCCAUCUCACUGUUGACAUUUUGAAUCUCAGCAUGGUUCACAGCUGAGUAUGAAAACAAACAGAAGAAUGCCAAGACAUACAGGGUUUGGGGAAGCACUAUAGCUAGUCAGGAAUUGUAUCUUUAAGGUCUCUGCUAGUUAAUUUUAUGCCAUAGUGGGAUUAAGCUAAAAUCAUGGCAGUUCAAACAUAGAAAAAAAUGAAAAUCCUAUGGUAUGCUUUGGAGAAUAGUGACAGUAAUGUGAGAUAAAUGUGAUUUAUGGGCUGUAGAACAUGCAAAACCAGCGAUGACAGAAUUAUUACUUGUAGUGGCUGAUAGAGAAUCACAAUAAUGGUACAAAGGGUCCUUAUUCUUUCACACCAACCAGGAAACCAAAGGGAUCAUUAGUAUUUCUAUGGAUGUAGUGGGGUUGAAACAAAUUAAAAUAAGCCAAUACAACAUAAGAAAGGAGGGUUCAUAGACACUACUUGCACUACGAGCAAUGAAUUCAUAACAUUUUGCAUCCGAUGAAUAGAAUUUGUUCUAUGAUUUGUCAAAUUAUGUCAUUUUUAUAAUGCAACUAGCCACAAAAUGUAGUGACUCAUUUACUGACUCGUUUGAAAUCCACUAAUGCACUUACACUAUGUCUAAAUUGUCUGUUUGUAAUUAUAUUGUCUAGUAUCUGAUGUUCUAGAUAUAUGUAUUUUAUCUGCUGUAAUCUUUGUAAAAAGAAAAAUAAUAAGCUUCCCUUUUUAUAUUGUUACUUUGGUUUCUCUUGUUUUUCAUCUGAUGAACUCAGCGCUGCAUAGCACAAACUCUUGACAAUGUCUGGAUUAUUCUCUAGCUUUGUUCUUGUAUAUUUUUUCAAGCUUUAAAAAUAAGUUUUAUGUCAACACAGACUAUCAUCUAAAAAUAAAAAUGUAAAAAUAA